AUUUUGUGAAUUCAAUUAUUCAAUUUCUCCAACGUUAUUGGCUUUUCUGGGACAUUAAUUAAAGUUGAUGAUUCAUUUUACAAAUUGGGUGGUGCAAAAAAGGCAUGAAGAAUACUUGCGUGUAGUUUGAAAAAUAUUCCCAGAGAUUAUAUCGGAAACUUCCAGAGUGUAUAUGAGUGUGUAUGUUCGGACAGGAUACAAAGAGAUCUACAUCGAUUUUUGGUGAGGGGGCGGUGAUUGGAUGGAUCAGUUUGGGAAGCAAAAAAUCCUCUCAUUGCUGUUGGUGUUUGGUGUUAUGCUGAUGGAAAUGGGACUAGCUCAGAAUCGGAUCAACAGACAGAGGGGUAAUAUUCUGAAGAAUUUGACCGGAACGCAUGAGUUCGAAAACCAUAUUGUAACAAGCCAGCUGGAUGCGUCGAUGCCGAUCCGAAUGUUUUACCGAAGCUUUCGAGAAGUGUAUAAUCGAUUUCUGGGGCCCACCGGAGGGAGAGUUCAGGGAGAGUUUCUGCAGUCUCAUGUAAUGCCGAGUGUGUCAUUCCCGUGUGAUACCCGCGGAUACCGAAGUCAGACUGUUCCAAUCAGUGUGCAUAAAUUGCGACCUGGCGAUAUCGACGUCAUAUCCGCUAUAGGAGAUUCAUUGACUAGUGCUACCGCUGCUAACUCCGUUGCUCUGUGGGAGCUUUUGAUUGAAAACCGAGGUUUGGCAUGGUGCAUUGGUGGACAAGGAACUUGGCGGACCCAUCUGACACUGCCGAAUAUUUUGAAGGAAUUCAAUCCGAAUAUUUUCGGUUACUCUUUGUUUGAUUCAUAUAAUGUUCAUCAGUCAGCUCAAUUCAAUGUAGCGGAGAACAUUGCUACUACUACAGAUAUGCCUUACAAUGCCGCAAAAUUAGUCGAUCGUAUGAAAAUGGAUCCAAGAGUACGAUGGGAAAAGCAUUGGAAGCUGGUUACAUUCAUGAUUGGCGGCAACGAUUUCUGUUCGGAUGUUUGCUACCAAACAAACGCUACCGAAUGGAUCAACGAAGUACAGGAGAAAUAUUUGAUCAAAACACUACAGUACUUGAAGCACAACAUGCCAAGAACUAUCGUCAACCUGGUUCCAUCCCCUUUAAUUAGUCUGUCAUUUUCAAUGGACAAAUCACAACUUCCGUUUUCCUGUAAACUAACGCGCCCGAUCGAGUGUUCCUGCUUGUUUGGGCCAAAGUAUUCCGAUCGGCGUAACCUUUUUCGUCAGCUGGAAAGAAAGUUCGUAGCCAUCAUGGAACGUGUCAGCUACAUGCCGGAAUUCCACAGUGACGAUUUUACCGUUGUGUAUCAGCCAUUUUUUAAGGAAGCCAGUGUCUUCUACCGCCGGGAUGGUAAAUCGGAUAUGACUAUUAUGUCGAUCGAUUGUAUUCACUUGAGUCAGAAGGGACAUGCCGUUUCGGCAAAUGGAUUGUGGAACAACAUGAUGGAGCCAACCAGGGGGAAAUCUUUAGGACUAAGGGAGCUGUUCGAAAUUUUCAAGUGUCCGACUGUGCAGAAUCCGUACAUUAGAACCUAUUAUAAUAGUUGACUGUGAUAUAUUGAAAUAGAA